CGUUGUCACCAGCCGCUGGCUCCAGUAGAUACGAUGACGCGCGUAGCGGAACCCGCCCGGUGGACCGCGUGGAACUCCAACUUCCCCCAUCCACCUCCCCCAUUCAGUGGUGAUACACGCACCUGCCCCCAUCUUCCUCGUGUGCUAUCCGGGUUGCCCGAGAUGAUCCCUCGCUCUUAGUCGGAACUCAUGGACUGCGCAUCCGUCCAUGUUUCCCUUUAUCUGUAGCCACUGAACUCCCUCACGCGACUACCUGCUUCAAGAAUGCCUCCCCGCGGCCCCUCUGAUGACGCCCGCAUGUUUUCCCCUAACGUUUCUUCGAUGUCGACACGGACUAGCAUAUGUGACCGGCUCAGAGGAGUCUUCCACGGUGCUGACCCUCGAGUCUGCGUCGCUUUUUGGCUCUUUGGCCUAGUUAACAAUGUCCUCUAUGUGAUUCUGCUCUCCGCAGCACUCGACCUUGUCGGUCCGGAUGUCCCCAAAGGCGUCGUCCUCCUGGCGGAUAUCAUCCCCUCCUUCGGGACCAAAUUGAUUGCCCCGUACUUCAUUCACGUGGUACCCUACUCGAUGCGAGUGAUAAUCUUCGUGUUCUUAUCCGUCGUGGGAAUGCUAGUCGUCGCGAUGAGUCCGAGCUACACGGAUGGCGGGACCAUCUCAUCCAAGCUGGCGGGUAUCGUUCUAGCGAGUCUCUCUGCGGGCGGCGGCGAGCUGAGCUUUGUCGGUCUGACGCAUUUCUAUGGACCGUUCAGUCUGGCGGCAUGGGGUAGUGGCACGGGCGCUGCGGGCUUGGUUGGUGCGGGCGCUUAUGCUCUCGCUACGUCUACAAUGGGCGUUUCUGUCCGAGCGACCCUUCUGGCGUCUGCUAUUCUGCCGGCGAUCAUGGCGUUGAGCUUUUUCGUAGUUCUGCCUCGAGCGGCACUGCAGACUCAUAGUUCUACAGGAGAUGGCUACAUUGCGGCUGCGAGAGGUGACGAGCUAGAUGAGGAUGAGCUAAAUGACGAGAGCCAUGAGAUCGAGCGCGGGGAAGAGGAAGGACUUUUGGGUGUUUCUGAUCACUUGGCUGACACUUACAAGCCUGUCCAUAUCAACGAAUCGUCGUCUUGGUGGGCUCGGUUUCGCGCUAACCUGCGGCGGCUCAAGGGGCUUUUCUUUCCCUUCAUGCUUCCAUUGCUACUCGUAUACAUCGCCGAGUAUGUGAUCAAUCAGGGUGUCAGCCCGACGCUACUGUUCCCACUAUAUACCACCCCCUUUGAGAAUUUUCGCGCGUUCUAUCCAGCCUACAACGCUAUCUACCAAGCCGGCGUCUUCAUCUCACGGUCUUCAACACCCUUCUUCCGAGUACACCAUCUCUAUCUACCGUCUUUCCUCCAAAUCCUGAAUUUGGUCUUCUUGACUCUCCAUAGCAUGUUCAACUUUAUCCCGAAUGUCUACCUUGUCUUUGCGGUCAUUUUCUGGGAAGGCUUGCUGGGUGGGCUGGUGUAUGUGAACACCUUUGCGGAGAUUUCCGACCGCGUGCCUAAAGAGGAUCGUGAGUUCUCGUUGGGUGCUACGACGGUGAGUGACUCGGCGGGGAUUUGUAUUGCUGGGUUCUUGAGUAUGCCGUGGGAGGUUUUGCUAUGUCGUUGGCAAUUAAGCCAUGGGAGGGACUAUUGUCGGCAGGUCUAGUGCUGUUUUGAAUUGAUUUGGGCGUCCUUUGCGAUAACUAUAUAUACAUGGCUAGAAAGAUCGUUGUUCUAUAUUUUUGUGGGUGUACUUUUCUAGGUGGGAAUAGGUGGACAUCAUAGCUUGCCCAAGUGUACGGAGUGGAAACACGUGGGUAUUUAUUGCGGAUUCAAAUUCUCUUAGACGGUACUAAGUAUUAGUUGUGAUUCAAUAAUACAGUUUCAACGUUCACGUCUCGUG